UAAAAAUUCAGCUCCAUUUUGUGAACACUAUUACUUGCCAAGAUGAAGGUAUUCCUAUUGAUUGUCUUUUUAAUAGCAACCGCUUCUGCGGUUCCAUCUUAUCUUCGAACCAACAGCUUGAUGCCCGAUGGUCGUAUUAUUGGUGGUUCAGCAAUUUCCAUUUCUUCGGUCCCUUGGCAAGUAUCGCUCCAAUAUUAUGGUUCCCACAUCUGUGGGGCUUCUAUAAUCAGCGCUAACUAUAUUGUCACUGCUGCUCAUUGUACCGACAGUUUGACGGCUGGUCAAUUGUCCAUUCGUGCCGGUACCUCGACUCGUGGUUCCGGUGGUCAAGUAUCUAGUGUGUCGAAAAUCUACCAACAUUCCAGUUACAACAGCAAAACUGUCGAUUACGACAUUUCAAUUCUUCAAUUGUCCACUGCUUUGACUUUGGGCUCAAACGUGGCCCCAGUCUCUCUUCCAUCUUCCACUACCACUUGGAAUGCGGGUACUUCUGUCCUUGUCACUGGUUGGGGAACCACCACCGAGGGUUCGAGUUCACUUCCUAGUGCUCUGCAAGGGGUUACUGUCCAAAUAGUCAGCGAAGCGACUUGCAAAUCUGCUUAUGCUACUAUGUCUAGUAGCAUCACCAGCCGUAUGUUAUGUGCUGGUGUUACUAAAGGUGGCAAGGAUGCUUGCCAGGGAGAUUCUGGUGGUCCGUUGGUCGUCGGUAAUACCCUUGCCGGGAUUGUCUCUUGGGGAGCAGGAUGUGGACGACCUAGUUAUCCCGGAGUUUAUUCCAAUGUUCCUGCGCUUCGCAGUUUCAUUAAACAAACUACAGGAAUAUAAAAUUUGAUCAAUUGUUGAUGAAUUUGUAAAAUAUUAAAUAUAACUAUACACAGUCAUAAAAUAAAACUGUGCUUUUUUAACAGUAUGAGCAAAAAUUAUAAAA